AAUAUCAUGAUUUUUUAUCAAGGAUUUUACUUGAUGAGAAUAGUCAACAUUCUACAACUAUCCAUUGUGAUCGAGCUAAAGAAAUCAUGAAGCUCGUUACCUUUACAAUACCAUCCAUAAGCAACCCAAUAACUACAGAAUUAUCUGAACAUGUUGAAGCUCGGUGCUUCAGUCAACAAAGAACUAUGUCAUGUUAAUGUCUCCCUUACCACCAAAGUUUGUUGACUUCUAGAUAGAAUUUCAGAAUUUUUCCAGCCCACAAUUUGGUUUGUUGUGGGUUAUGUCAUGUUAUCAAUUGAUUCUCCAUACCAUUUGCUCAUACCAUGUGGACUCAAAACUGCCCUAAAAUCACUUCUCAAGCUAGGUUCUCCGGAACAAAAUCAUUUGGAAGAUUGAUCCACCAAAAACUUUACUCCUCGCAGCACUCUCAGCAAUGGUGCUGAUGUAAUUAUUUAUAGUCACUCUCAGUGUCAGUACGCCCACCACAACAGACCACGAGUAUAUAUAGCCAACCUUUCUUCUCAUCUUCCUUUGCCAAAUGCCAAGCAAAUUUCAAACCCUGCCGUUAAGCCUCCCCCUUCCCUUCCUGGCAAAAUAAACUCAGCCGGAAAAACCACCUGAAACCAUUCCAGAUGUCCGAACUACCCCUCCUACUCCUCUCCAUUCUGGUCCUGGUUUCCCUGCCCUUCAAAGUAAUUUCCCAAGAUGUCAAUGCAGAAAAAACUAUCCUCCUAAACCUGAUACAACAACUUGGCAAUCCAUCGUCCAUUCAGUCCUGGAACUCAUCAUCCUCACCGUGUGAGUGGCCAGACGUGUACUGUGUCGAAGGCGCGGUGACUGGACUUGAUCUUGGUAAUAAAAACAUUACACAGAUAAUCCCAGCAUCAGUUUGUGACCUGAAAAACCUGACAUAUCUCAACCUGAAUUGGAACUACAUUCCAGGAGGAUUUCCAAAACUUUUGUACAACUGUAAAAAGCUUGAGGAAUUGGAUCUGUCUCAGAAUUAUUUUGUUGGUCCGAUACCUGAUGAUAUUGAUAGAUUAUCAAGUCUCAGGUAUCUAUACCUUCAGGGUAACAACUUCACUGGCAAUAUUCCACCACAGAUAGGCAACUUGACAGAGUUGCGAACGCUGUUUCUGCACCAGAAUCAGUUCAACGGUACGUUUCCUAAGGAGAUUGGUAAGUUGUCCAAUCUUGAAGAAAUGGCGUUGGCGUAUAUUAAUUUUGUGCCCUCUUCAAUUCCAGUGGAGUUUGGUCAGUUAAAGAAGUUGAGGUUCUUGUGGAUGAAACUCGCUAAUUUGAUUGGUGAAAUCCCUGAGAGUUUGACCAAUCUUACGAGUCUUGUGCACUUGGAUUUAGCUGGAAACGAUUUGGAAGGUAAAAUUCCUGGUGGGUUGUUUUUGUUGAAGAAUUUGACUAAGUUGUAUCUCUUUAAAAAUAAGUUGUCUGGUGAGAUACCUCAGAUAGUUGAAACGUUAAAUUUGGCGGAGAUUGAUCUUGCAAUGAACCAUUUGAAUGGUUCGAUUACAGAAGAUUUUGGCAAGUUGAAAAAAUUGCAACUUCUGAGUCUCUUUGAAAAUCACUUGUCUGGUGAGGUGCCAGCAAGUAUAGGCCUUCUUCCAGAGUUGAGAGCAUUUAAGGUUUUCACCAACAAUUUGAGUGGAGUCUUGCCACCAAAAAUGGGCCUUUAUUCAACACUUGAAGAAUUUGAUGUUUCAACCAAUCAAUUUAGUGGCCGACUGCCUGAAAAUUUGUGUGCUGGAGGUGUCUUGCAGGGUGCAGUUGCCUCUGAAAAUAAUCUCUCUGGGCAGGUACCUCAAUCUCUUGGAAAUUGCAACAGUUUGCGCACGGUUCAACUUUACAGUAACAACUUUUCAGGCGAGAUACCAGCAGGUAUUUGGACAGCCUUCAAUAUGACUUACUUGAUGUUAAGUGAGAAUUCCUUUUCGGGGGGGCUUCCAAGCAAGCUGGCAUGGAAUCUGUCAAGGUUGGAACUCAAUAACAACAGAUUUUCCGGUCCAAUUCCUCCUGGAGUCUCUAGCUGGGUGAACUUGGUUGUUUUUGAGGCGAGCAACAAUCUGUUUUCUGGUGAAAUUCCAGUGGAAAUAACGAGUCUGCCCCACCUUUCAAAUCUUCUGCUUGACGGGAAUCAAUUUUCAGGUCAACUCCCUUCCACGAUACCAUCUUGGAAAUCUUUGACUAGUUUGAAUCUCUCAAGAAAUGAACUUUCUGGCCAGAUCCCAAGGGAGAUUGGGUCUUUACCUGACCUGCGUUAUUUAGAUUUGUCUCAAAACCAUUUCUCUGGUGAAAUCCCUCCUGAAUUCGGUCAGCUGAAACUUGUUGUCCUCAAUUUGUCCUCCAAUAAUCUAUCUGGGAAAAUCCCAGAUCAGUUUGAUAACCUUGCCUAUGAUAACAGCUUCCUGGAAAAUUAUAAACUCUGUGCUGUUAAUCCAAUUCUAAAUCUUCCAGAUUGCCAUACCAAACUUCGUGACUCAGAAAAAUUCUCCUCCAAAAUUCUUUCCUUGAUUCUGUUUCUUACUGUGACCAUUUUUCUAGUCACUAUUAUAGUCACCUUGUUUAUGGUUAGGGACUGCCCGAGAGGAAAGCAAAAACGUGAUCUGGCAUCGUGGAAGCUGACUUCAUUCCAGAGAUUGGACUUCACAGAAGCAAACAUUUUGGCAAGUUUGACAGAAAAUAAUCUGAUUGGAAGUGGAGGAUCAGGGAAGGUAUACCGGAUUGCCAUAAACCGUGCAGGUGACUUUGUUGCUGUCAAGAGGAUUUGGAGUAAUGAAGAAAUGGAUCAGAAGCUUGAAAAGGAAUUUUUGGCAGAGGUUCAGAUACUGGGAACAAUUAGGCAUGCAAACAUAGUUAAAUUAAUGUGCUGUAUUUCAAGUGAGAAAUCAAAGCUUCUUGUUUAUGAGUACAUGGAGAACCAUAGCCUUGAUAGAUGGCUUCAUGGAAAGAAGAGAAGUUCAUCAAUGGGAGCAAGUUCAGUCCGUCAUUCUGUCUUGGAUUGGCCCACGAGGUUCCAGAUUGCCAUUGGAGCUGCACGAGGCCUAUGCUACAUGCACCAUGACUGCUCCACUCCUAUCGUUCAUCGAGACGUGAAGUCCAGUAAUAUCUUGUUGGAUUCUGAAUUCAAGGCAAGAAUAGCAGAUUUUGGACUGGCCAAAAUGUUGGCUAAGCAAGGAGAGGCUCAUACCAUGUCUGCUGUAGCAGGUUCCUUCGGUUAUAUUGCUCCUGAGUAUGCCUAUACAACAAAAGUGAACGAAAAAAUCGAUGUGUAUAGCUUCGGAGUUGUACUCCUGGAAUUGGCGACCGGUAGAGAACCUAAUAGUGGAGAUGAUGAGGAUACAAGCCUUGCAGAAUGGGCGUGGCGGCAGUUUGGACAGGGGAAGCCUGUUUCUAAUUGCCUUGACCAGGAGAUUAAGGAACCGUGUUUCUUGCAAGAGAUGACCGCUGUAUUCAACCUAGGACUCGUUUGCACUCACUCUUUACCAUCCAACAGACCUUCUAUGAAAGAUGUUUUGGAGAUCCUGCGCCGAUGUUCUCCAGACAAUAACGCUGAGAAAAGGACAGUUUCCGAGUUUGAUAUUGUUCCUCUUCUGGGAAGUGUUACUUGUCUUUCAAGUAACAGACGCAGUAACAGACUGUCUGACGACGACGACGACGACUUAGUUUACAGCGUAUGACGUAUCAUGGCUCGGCCCCCUUUUUUUAUUUUCUUUUUCUUUUUUGAAAUACAAUGUACAAAGGAAUAAGAUGAUUCGAGGUCUCUUCCCACAA